AUGUCGAAUUAUUAUUUCACUCAAACAUUAGGUAUUCUUCACCUCCUUCGUUUACUCUUCUUGAGUCUUUUACUUCUAUUAACGGAAAUUAAAAUUUCCUCAUGUACUUCAUAUCUUAAUGAAUUUCUUGGCUUUAAUCAUCAAUCCAUCCUUUUCUAUUACAUCCUCAUUUGGAUUUCAUUUGCAUUUGAAAUCUAUCUUCUCGUCAAUCGUUUGUUCGCUUCACGAAUUCCUCAAGCCAGACAAUCGAUCUUCUAUCUAUACUCAACUCUCUGUUUGGCAUAUCUUCUCGCAUCAUGCUUUACCUUGUACGCAAUUGUUACUUACUCACACGGCCACGUCAUAACUCAACAUGAUUUCGGAAAUCCAGCGGAGAAUGUCAUUCCUAUUACGAAUGAGUGUAACAUUCUACGAUUGAUCGGAAUUCUGUUCGGUUUUCUUUUAAGUAUACUUUAUUUUCUUGCAGCGAUGUUAGUUCAUCGCACGACAGAUUAG